AUGAGGUUGCAUGAUGGCAUUCAACUUGGUGAUAUUUCAUCAACACAAAGUGGUCAACAUAUCACGGCAAACAAAUAUAUGCAUCUGGACAGGAUGGCAGGAAACUACAUUAGGCCCAAUCAAGAUGUGUUCAACCACUGUGAGACAUCAAAGAACUGGGAAAAUGGUCAGAUAAUCCCUCAACUUAUAGCAAAAGGCAAUCAAGAUAUUUCCAAAGUCAAGAUUGGACGUUUUAUGACUAGGAUUGGUGAAUAUUAUCUAUACCAUCACAGUCAGCUUAAAAAUGAAUUCAAAACUUUUUUCAAUGGUCUCAGAAACAAGAUCAAUGGGCCAAAAGUGAUUCCUGAAGGAACCACAUCUCUCCCUGAUAUGGGGGCAAACCGCAGGGAAAAAAGGAUUCUCAAUGUCAUUGCAACUGCAGAGAAUCAAAUCACAACAUCAUUUGUGGCAGCUUUGUUCCUCAUACAUCAAACACAAGGAAUUCACCAUGCAUGGGAUCCAAUUUUGAGAAGCGGUUGGGAAUCAUCAAGGGGUAUUGCUCAAAAUAUUCACCAAAACUUGGCCAGGAAAUUCAUAAGAGAUCACGGGGAUCAUUUGAUUGUUCUGACCCUGAGUCAGUAG